GAGAGUCGGAUAGACAGGUCCCUGCCCGUGCCCCCAGGAGGCAGCCUCUGCCUCCACCUUUCGAGGCAGGAGAGGGCAUCGCUCUUUGGAAAAGGGAAAGGUGGGAAGAACUGCACCGUCUCCCAGGAGGACCGGGACGGCCACACCUGUAGCUCCUGGGGUCCCGCUGGGGUUGAGGCGACUCCUCACCUGCGUGGAGGAGAAGAUGUGCUGGAAGACGCUGCUGCUGCUGCUGCUGUGUUACGAUGCUCAGGCCACUGUGGCCCACAGGUGGAGCAGGGCCGUGCUGUUCCCAGCUGCCCAUCGGCCGAAGAGAUCGUCCUCAAUACCCUUGAACCCCGUCCUGCAGAGCUCCCUGGAGGAAGUAGAACUGCUCUACGAGCUCCUGCUAGCUGAGCUGGACAUCGGCCCCGACCUGCAGAUCUCCAUCAAGGAUGAGGAGCUUGCCUCCCUCAGGAAGGCCUCUGACUUCCGCACCGUCUGCAAUGAUGUGAUCCCCAAGCGCAUCCCGGACAUCCGACGGCUCAGCGCCAGCCUCGCCAGCCUCCCCGGCAUCCUGAAGAAAGAGGACUUUGAAAGGACAGCGCUGACCCUGGCCUACGCGGCCUACCGCACAGCCCUGUCCCAAGGGCAUCAGAAGGACAUCUGGGCCCAGUCCCUCCUCAGCCUUUUCCAGGCCCUGAGGCGUGACCUGAUGCGGUCCUCAGGCUCCAGAGUGUCUGCCUGAGAGGCAGGCCCACACCAGGACCUCGGAGCAGGGCCCAGCACACACAGUAAUCCAGAAAUUCUUCAUUCUCUACACCACUUAUAGAGGCCAGCAGCAAAACACAUGCCACCAGCUCAGAGUAGCAGAGAUAAAAUAAUUCAGCCCCAUGCUCUUUCCCCGUGGUAGCUUCCUGACAGGCACAUCUGAUUCAUGUCAUAAGGUGACCUGGGCCGGAAGAAAGGGCUGGAGUGGUCAUUCAAGGUGCCUCCAGAGGCCGAGCGGUCUGCCUGUGACAUGCAGUCUAAGAGCGGCUUCCGCGCUGAGUGACUGCCACAAACCCCCACGAGGGAGGACAGAGCUGGAGCAGACAUCAUAGAGGUUUGAGCAUGGUGGGAUAUGGGGGACAGAGUUCUUUGGUCCUAAGAAAUCAGGGUGCUGGGUUAAAUGCACAUUUUUCUGAAGGCUCUGUAGUAAGAUACAACAAAGCUAGAGCAACAGCCGAGUAAGUACUUUGUUAGCCAAGGAUAGGCUCUUCAAUUUUUCUAAAAGUCGCCGAGAAGAAUGAGUUAGAAAACUGGUAAUUGUCUGACCUGUAUGUCUUGACUCUUCUUAUGUGAGGGCUGGUCUACUACAAACAGGCAAUGCCUUGUCUUCUGAACAGGGAAGCCACGCUAAUGCAGAGAGGUCAUGCCAGCAAAGAGGGGGCCCCGCGGCCUCGCUGUUCUGUCCUCACUCAGAUCACUUAGCAUCAUCAGAGACUCGGUGCUCCAAAUACAACUGAUUUUCAGACGACAGAAUUUUACCCUUUCCAGGCCAGUUUUUCAUGUUAGCGAUAUUGACUUGAUACCUUUUGAAACUACGCAGAUGGAAUGCCUUCAGCUUUUAUUUAGUAGCUCUGAAACAUCCGAAGGAAGGAGUUGGAUAACUUAAUCUCUAAGGUUCUUCGACUCCUGACAUUUCCAGUCAUUUAUCUAACUGUGGGACAGUGCACCGGGACCCGCGAGGCCUGCCUGACUACUGUGCCAGCCCGGCAGGUCCCAGGCUUGGCUAAUUCUGUCUCGGGGUGAGCUCUUCUGCUGCCUUCCUCGCUGUCAGGCGAGAAGAGUGCGCUUUUCUCUGUGACCAGCAUCACUUGCUUUUUGCAUUUUGUUCUUCCGUAGCUUACAUCCACUAAAAAUCGGAUGGCUAGGCUUGUUAUUCCCCUGCACUAAGAGUUACUAGCUGAAGGCCUCUGCUGAGCGAAGCGCCUGGGUUCCAGGAAAGAGUCCCCACUCGCUCAGAGAUCGCUCUGCCCCCCCCUCACCCCCCAGGUUUACAGCCUGGUCCUGGAGGCUAACGUCCAAGUAGUCUGAUCUUUGAAUGAGUGAGGAUUCGUUGGGCUAAAUUUGAUUUUGAAAUGGGUAUUUAACAAUUGUCAUUUGAUGAUCACAAAAGCUGGUCUGGACUUCUUUAAAAUCGUUGAACAUGUGCGCGUUGCCUAGCAGCCCGAGCUGCGUGGUCUGUUUGGAGAGGUACUAGAAUGCAGGAAGGAGGUACCAGAGAAAAACAUAGCUUUGCAUCCUGAUGGUCUCAGACGCAGAAGAUAAUAACUCACGCCCCCUCCUUCUUGUUCUCUGAUGGCACUGCUCAUUUACCGCCCUCAAAUGCACACUGAGGACAAACGCUUUUUUUGCUCAUUUUUCCUCUUCCUGAAAAUAUCGGUUCUCUUUCACAUGCUCUCCUAGUCUCUUUUUUAAGUUUAGUUUGUGUCUCUGCAGCUCUCUCUUGGGCUUGAUUCUGAUUCUCUUUGCCCCCAUUUCUUGAAGCCGCUCCCGGUGCCCUGGGGUUGACAUUUGCACACUAUCUCGGCCGCCCGCAUCGUACCCUGAGCACCCUGGCUUUCGGCCUCCUUUGAUUAUCACUGUCUGAUGAAAACAAAGAUCAAAGUAGAGACAGGGGUGGGACUGCCCACAGGCAGGUUAGCCUCACAAUAUACCUUCACUGUACUUCUCCUUGAUGUGAGAUUUGAAGGGGGUUAGUAGAGGCCUCAGCCGCUAGACACUGUACAAUAACUACCCUGACCACCAGUCUUGCAUCCUAUGCUGGGAUGCCACUCCAUCGGAAGGGGGUCUGGGAGCUUUCAGUCACCUGCUGGAAAGGUGGUCCCCUGGUUACCCUGUCAUGCUAUGCAUGGCUGCUCCAAGUCGGGGGGUCCGUGAGUGGGAGGAUGAUUCCCAGACCAGGGAGAGCAACCAGCGGUGGUUCAUUCGCCCUGUAACAAAAUAGUAAAGGCCCUUCUGUAUUCAUGAAUUCGGGUCCAUGUUUGUGUGGCAAUACAGGAUUGAAAAAAUAGAAAAAGAAAAGUCAUGAGCUAUUUUAAAGACAAGUAGAUAUUUCAUUUUCAGUAACUAGAUACUUCAACAUUAUUUUAGUCUGAAUACAAAUUAGUUGUUUACCCACAGAAAAUUUUAUAACCAUGACUUCAUUUACAUCCAAAAUCAAAUGUUACACUCAUGACCGCCACCCCAAAACCCGCCUCUCUGCCCAAUGCACAGAAAGUAGAAGACUGGACAGAAACGAAAUCUUCCAUUUGCCUCAUUAAUGCCACACUGUACACACCACAGUCACAACUGAGUCACAAUGUGUCACAUUUACUCGUAAACGGAACAGUUUGGGGUGUGAUGUUUGUAGUGGAAAUUUGAGGAGCUAGAAAUUCUGGAAGUUUCCUCCAUAGUUGGCAUCCUCACGGCUACGUCUGGUGUCACUCAAGAGACUUUGCAAAAUGUCUAUGUGCUGUCAUUGCUCUCUUACCUCCCCUUGACUCUAGCUGAAAGAGAAUCACAUAAGCGGUCAGUCAGAAGGUAUUUCCACAGGUAAACUGAUCUAAGAUCAAAUGCUUAUUAAAUGACUUUACAUGGCACCCCUUACUUUCCUAACCCUUUUUGAUGUCUUACUUUUUUUAUUAUAGUAAAUAAAGACAAAAAACCACCACACAAAUUAACCAUCCGAACCAUUUUUAACUGUAGGGAGAUGUUAAAAAUUAACUAUAUGCACAUUGUUCUGUGACAGAUCUCUCGAACUUUUUCAUCCUGAAAAGAUGGUAUCUAUGGAACGAUAACUCCCCUUUUCCUGUCCCCCCAGCCCCUGGCGACUACCAUUCCACGUUUUGUUUCUAAGAGUUUGACUACUUUCAAUACCUUAUAUAAGUGGUAUUUAUCUUACAUUUCUUAAGUGUUGUAUUCUGGAAAAUGCUUUCUGCAACUGAAAAGUGGCUAGAGCUCUGAAGAACUACUGGUCUUACUGUGUCACUCACCUUACCUAAUUUUAUUUAACAAAUAUUCACUAUGGUGUAAUAAAUAAGUCACGAUGGAGUUA